AUGAUUAUUCCAGUCCGCUGCUUUUCCUGCGGGAAGGUUAUCGGAGAUCUAUGGGAGCGCUACCUGAAGCUUAUUGAUGAGGGGGUGUCAGAUGGUGAUGCCAUGGAUCAACUAGGUUGCAAAAGAUAUUGCUGUCGCCGGAUGAUCAUGACACACGUUGACCUGAUCGAAAAGCUUCUGAAAUACAACCCUGCGGAAAGAGAUGCGAAGAAAGCUCAACUACAGUAG